GUAACUUUGACAUUUUGACGUUUUCCCUUGCAGUCAUCAAAAACAAAUAGUUAUAUGGAAGUUUUUUAAAUUAUUUUUGAGAAUUACUGUGUUUAAAUGUGAAGCAUCAUGAGGUCCCUGAGUAUAUCACUAUUGAGUUUAACUUUAACGUUAUUAGUUGUGGCCAAUGCAUAUUAUCAGAAGAAACAGUUUUAUCCAUCUGUUGUAUAUAUUACAAAAUCUAAUCCUAGCAUGGCUGUAAUAUAUAUUCAAGCAUUCAUUUGCGUUUGGAUCACGGGGAAGAUAAUGAGGAAAAUAUUCUUCGGGCAGUUAAGAACUACAGAAUUUGAGCAUCUUAUGGAGAGAUCUUGGUAUGCUGUAACAGAAACUUGCCUUGCGUUUACCGUAUUCAGAGAUGACUUUAAUCCCAAAUUUGUAGCUGUGUUUACGUUACUCCUAUUUUUAAAAUCCUUCCAUUGGCUUGCAGAAGACCGUGUAGACUAUAUGGAACGAAGUCCUGUUAUAAGUUGGCUGUUCCAUUUGAGAAUUUUGUCCCUGUUACUUUUGCUGGGUUGUUUGGAUCUUCACUUUAUUCAACAUGCCUAUCUGUCGACUGUAACAAAGGGCGCAUCGGUACAAUUGGUUUUUGGUUUUGAAUAUGCCAUUCUCCUUACUGUUGUAAUAAAUAUAGCUAUAAAAUAUGGUCUGCACUCGGUAGACCUCAAUAGUGAAACGCCUUGGGAUAAUAAAGCGGUAUUUUUAUUAUACACCGAAUUAGUAAUGGGACUCAUCAAAGUUAUUUUAUACUUUGCCUUUGUUGCUAUCAUGGUUAGGAUUUAUACUCUACCACUGUUUGCAUUCCGCCCAAUGUAUUAUACAAUUCGAAAUUUCAAAAAAGCCUUCAGCGAUGUCAUACUAUCCAGACGGGCUAUCCACAAUAUGAACACCCUAUAUCCGGAUGCCUCUCCUGAAGAGCUUCAAGCCGCGGACAAUGUUUGCAUAAUUUGCCGCGAAGAAAUGACCACAGCCUCGAAAAAAUUACCCUGCAACCACAUUUUCCACACGGCUUGUCUCAGAUCAUGGUUUCAACGUCAACAGACCUGCCCGACAUGCAGGUUAAACAUCCUGAGAAAUCCGACAAACAACAACACUCGACCUGCCGCGGCUGCGGCUCCGCCUCGUCCGCCUCAAGCGGCCCCUUUCAUGAAUCCAUUCUUCGCCGGACAGAAUCCGUUUCAAAUGUUCCAGCCUCCGAAUAUGGAUAAUCAAGCCCCUCAACAACCUAGACCUGCUGAAAACGGCGGUGAGCAAAAUGGCGCGCCGCCGCCACAGCCUCAACCUGGGGCCAACAUGCCGCCUUUCGUUUUUCCACCUUUUCCGUUUAUGCCAUUUUUGCCUCCGCCUCCCAUGCCUCCGCAAAAUUUCGCUUCGUUAUCCACAGAGGAAUUGCAAAGAAUGGAAGGCAACGAAAGAGAAAACGUCGAAGCUAGAAUAUUAUGUUUAAAGAAUAUUCAGAUGCUUUUGGAUGCAGCAGUUGUUAUGAUGCAGCAAUACAGUACUACUGUUCUGCUUUCGAAUCAAGUUCCUACGACGAGUUCUAAUGCUACUACUCCUCCUCCGAACUUAUUUUCAACGAAUAACGCUAGUUGGAGUAAUUCUCAGGGGCAAUCGGAAACUCCAAGAGUUGCUAAAGUAGCACCGACUACUAAUGUUCAGUCCAAUUCCAGUAGUGAAAACGGCGAAGGUUCUUCGAGCGAUGUUUUUGAUAAACCGACGACGUCAAAGGAAGGGCCGAGUUUGGAUGCUAGUCAAGUUAGUCAGGAAGAAGAAAUUAGGCGAAGACGAUUGCAAAAAUUUGAACAGCAGACUGAGAGCGAGUAACAAUUUUUGCUAAUAAUGUUACUUAAUUUUGUUAAAAUUUCACUAGAUUCAGGCAUUUUAUAAUACUGUAAACUGCCACAAAUUAGAUUUACUACUUACCUAAGUAUAUUGUCUUGUUUUAAAUAAAGUAAAAAUAAGUUUCACUCUCAAUUGGUUUCUAGUCAAAGUGCUAAAAGAAACGUACUUGGAAAAUUUGGCUUUAAUAAUGGGAAAAAUGAAAAAAAUCAGUUAAGUAUCGCUGUACUGCACUAAUUCGUUAAAGACAUAAAGCAUAAUGCUUUGUUUAAAAAAAAGAGUCACUUUCUUGAUUUUGUUUAAAUGUUAUUAAUUUUAAUUGUUCAUUUAUUUUCUCAAAAUUCAGUGCAUGACUAAAGUUUAAAGUAUUGUAAAAUAUCUCCUCAUUGCGAGUUUAACAAGCAACUGGAUUCAUUAUUUAAUCAAUAAUCAUUUGCAUUACAUUUAUAAUUUUAUUUUUAAAGGUCAGUGAGCAUAUCAAUUAAUCAUAUUGGUUAUAAAAGUAAAUAUCACUUAUUUUACACUCAACAUUUUUCUUGCAAUUGAUAUAACUACUAUUUUUUAUCUUUUUGUUCCAACGCAUUUUUAUAGUAAAAUUUGAAUAAUAUCAAUGUAUUGUAAAGUAUGAUUAUUAAAAAAAUAGUCCACC